UGUCGUGGCGCUAUAGGGGGAGAAGUUGGUGAUUCGCCUGGUCCUGGUCCUGAAGACGAGGUCUAGGUGACCCCUGGCCCCUUCCUACCUACCCCUCCGCCCCCCUUUUCCCACCUCUUCUGGCAGGAUGAGGCGUGCAGGCCUGGGUGAAGGAGGACCUCCUGGCAACUAUGGGAAUUAUGGCUAUGCUAAUAGUGGGUACAGUGCCUGUGAAGAAGAAAAUGACAGACUCACGGAGAGUCUGAGACACAAAGUAACUGCUAUAAAAUCUCUUUCCAUUGAGAUAGGCCAUGAAGUUAAAACUCAAAAUAAAAUAUUAGCUGAAAUGGAUUCACAAUUUGAUUCUACAACUGGAUUUCUAGGUAGAACUGUGGAAAAACUAAAGAUUUUAUCCAGAGGAAGCCAAACAAAGCUGAUGUGCUAUAUGCUGCUGUUUUCAUUGUUUGUCUUUUUUGUCAUUUAUUGGAUUAUUAAACGGAGGUGAUGCAAGUGCGUGUGAGUUUGGAAUUUGUUCCAACUUAAGUGGCUUGGGGUACCAUUUCGGUAAAAAAAAAUCAGCAUCAAAGCAUUCCUAAUUUUCAAAUACUAUGGCUUUUUCCAUUGAAGAUUACUGAAUUUUACUUGUUUUAUAAAGCACAGAUAAUACAGUGCUCUUUGAACAUUGUUUGUUAGUGACUCAUUUUUGCCCCUAUUUUCAGGGGCUUGGAGAUAGCCAAAAGUCAGUGCAGCCCUAACUAUUGUUUUUCGGUUACCUUCUGUCAGAUUAAAUAGCAGGAUACUAUUCUGUUGUUAUUAUAAAUGUAGGUUUAUGUUCCAUGUAAAGAAACUUAAUGGGAGAAUACUAGAAUGGAGGGCCUGAUGCUCGGCUCUUGAGGUGAUGAGCAAGUUUGUGAUGAAAUGAUAAAUGUAUUUUCCUGAACUGACAUCAACCCUAACGGUGUACUCCCCUUUCUUCCUUAUUUGGUUAAAUGGUAGGCAGAUUUCUUUCUUUUCUUUCCUUUAUUGAUUUUAGAGAGAGAGGAGGGGAGAAGGAGAGAGAGUUAGAGACAUUGAUGA